CGCACCGGAUACAUUUUAAAUUCCUAUUUACAUUUGUUGAAAAGCAUUAUCUGUCGCUGCUGUGGAAGAAGGAAGGUAAAUUUAUCCUAUUAUUUGUUUGUGCAGAUAAGAAAAUGCAUUUUGUGCGCCCUUAACGGAUGAUAGUAGUAAAUAGACCCAAAGUGAUAAGAAUAUUUGUAACAGUGCAAGGGAAAUCGUUGAUAAGUUUGAAAAUAGGUGCUAAAGAUGAAGCUCGUGGUUGUUUUUCUCGCCGCGCUGUCCGUAACCACAGGGCUAAAUGUUGUGACGCUUCGCUUCUGCUGCGGCUUAGGAACAAAAUAUGCGAACUCAGGCCUCAAGUGCGACAGCUUUCAAACCCCCAUCUCGGGGGUGAGAAAAUCCGACGAAGCUGACUGCCUCCACUCGGUUCAAGUCUGCUGUAAAAACCAAAAACAAGAACUAGAGUGCGCCCAUGGCAUACAAGACGCCAAAGACGAAAAACCCUGCACCUCCUCUGGUUUCCAAAAAGAUUGCUGCGACGCGUGUCAACUCGGCCGCGAUACCGCCAAAACCCAAAAUUCUUGCCAAGAUAGUCUAGGUCUUGGACUCCCUUUUGAUAAGGCCUUCAAUGAUUGUUGUAACGACGUCCUCAGCUCGCCACCCACGACCACAAGUACAACACCAAGACCAACUAGUGCAUCAAUUAGAACAACAGCUGCAACGAAUUACUCGCCAUUACCGCCUGUGGAAAAUGUGUGCGAUAUUGGAGAUGUUUGUGCCCAGAUUUGUAUACCGACAGAAGACUCCUACAGAUGUGACUGUAAUAAAGGAUACACUUUAAUGAGCGACGGCGUUUCUUGCAAACCGGAAAAAAGAGCGCUCAAAAAAGGGGACAGGUGCUCCAAGAACAACCCCUGCGACCACGAUUGCAUCGACACAGGUCUAGAAAUAAAAUGUUCAUGUCGCGAAGGCUACGAACUGGCUAAAGAUAAGCGAACUUGCAAAGAUAUUGACGAGUGUGCCCGCGGGAUCCACGAAUGCGAAGCUCACGAAGAAUGCAUCAACGAAGAAGGUUCCUAUUUUUGUGACGAUCCGAAUUUUGAGCCCGAAACCGACAUCAGUGACCCUGUGGACGUGAAAUGCCCUCCCGGAUACAAAUUCAAUUACGACAAAUUAGUUUGCGAUGACAUUGAUGAAUGCGAGUUUGAUAUAAUUUGUGCUCGUCCCAAAACUUGCAUUAACACGAUUGGAUCGUUUAACUGCGAGGAGCAGACCCCUCAGUGCCCACCGGGGUUUCAUUUCAAGGAUUCUAUACAAACUUGUGCGGAUAUCGACGAGUGUAUUACAGGAGAGAACGAUUGCAAUAAAGAAUCACAAAUUUGUUUGAACACGAAGGGGAACUAUACGUGCGUGGAUAAGGUUUCGAAGAGGACCUGCCCGCCAGGGUUUAAGAAAAAUCCUUUUACGCAAAACUGCGACGACGUGGAUGAGUGUUUAGAGAACGAAGAUGCGUGUGGGCCGAACGAGGAGUGCGUAAAUGAGCCGGGGGGUCAUAAUUGCGUACCGAAAACAGAAAGUCAAAGUAGCCCCAAGCCAUACGACUAUCCGUUACGGCCGCCAUAUGAGCCCGUUUUACCCCCGAAACCUACGGAGCUAGUGGUUGAAACCACGCCUAGAACCACGCCAACUACGACUCCGCCAACCACUACGGUCGCUAGUACCACUACCACUACCACCACCACUACCACCACUACCACGACGCCUCCGCCACGCCCAGUGUCAUGCCCGGCAGGAUAUGGCUACGACAGGCGGACUAGCACUUGCGUCGAUAUUGAUGAGUGCGAGGUCGACAGUCAACUGUGUGAUAGCAAUCAAGACUGUUACAACAGUCAAGGGAGUUACGUUUGUAUCUGUAAGAACGGUUUUACCGAAGAUCGUCCUACAGGGGCUUGCGUAGACAUCAAUGAGUGUCAAAUCGGAUCCCAUGACUGUACGGAAGCUCAAAGAUGUGACAAUACUAUUGGUUCAUACUUGUGUGCCCGAAUCACUGGUUGUGGUACCGGAUACACUCUAAAUUAUGCUAAUGGUUUAUGCGAAGAUGACGACGAGUGUUCCUUAGGAACCCACACUUGUAACAGUUUAGGUCCUAAUUUCAGAUGUCGCAACACUUUAGGGUCCUACCGGUGUGAUCCCGUUCGACAAACUAUUAGACCUAGGCCUCAGGUUAUCCCAACCCAGGUUAUACCGCGUGUUCGUUCAUCCCCAUUCACCACACAGAACUAUCCGAUCAUUAGUGGAACCAGAAAGAAGUGCCUGCCUGGAUACGUGAUGAACGAAAGAGGUAUUUGUGAAGAUAUAAAUGAAUGUGAAAGUAAUCCAUGUCGCAGGGGCCAAAAAUGUCUAAAUUUCAACGGAAGGUACCAAUGCAUUUCUGAAUUACAGUGUAAAAUAGGGUACGAACUGGACGAAGCUGGUGAAUCCUGCAUCGAUAUCAACGAGUGUAAUAGAGGGACCCACAAAUGCAGACCUACCCAAAUUUGUAAAAACGGACACGGCUUUUAUACUUGUGAGUGUCCGCCUGGUCACCAUAUAGAUCAAGUAACCCAGCGCUGUGAAGACAUCGACGAAUGCAAAUAUUACAGGGCGUGCUCCAUAAACGCUGAAUGUAUAAACACGGUCGGAUCCUACAAAUGCCAUUGUAAAGAGGGUUUUCGAGAGCAGGCCAAUUUUUGCCAAGAUAUUGAUGAAUGUAAAGAAAAUGAAAGAUUGUGUGAACACAGCUGUGUCAAUAUUUGGGGAUCUUAUCGAUGCGCUUGUAGACCCGGAUUUAUACUAAAUUACGACAAUAGAACGUGCACUGACAUCGACGAGUGUGAAAAAUUCAAAGACAAGAGGUUGUGUAUAGGGACUUGCGACAACAUACCGGGGAGUUACAGAUGUAAAUGUCCUAAUGGUUACCGCUUAGGGAGCGAUGGACGUACUUGCAUAGAUAUCGACGAAUGCCAACAACGAGUGUGUUCUAGACCUGACGACAUUUGCCUGAAUACCAGAGGGGGCUACAAAUGCUAUGCUAUUAACUGUCCGCCGCAGUAUUUCCGCGAUCCGCAACAUAAAGGACGUUGCAAACGCCCGGCGACACUAUGCGACCCCAGGGAUGUCCAGUGCAUAAUGAUGCCCGAACAAUACACCUACCACUACAUUACCCUAGUCUCGAAUUUGCCCAUCGCCAACGAAAAUGUCCAAUUCUUCCAAAUCAACGGUCCUAAAUGGGCUAUCGCAAGGGCUGAAUUUUCGAUGAAAAUCGUCAACGUGAAGUGUCCCUACGGCAUAGAACGCGUUAGCGAACGCUAUUUUAAAAUGGCGAAGCUUCCACACAACAGCAUGCAGUUGUCUUUGGUCAGAUCCAUCAUGGGUCCGCAAGAAAUCGAACUAAAGGUAGAAAUGCACUUGUUCGCUGGUAACGUAAUGACAGCCAACGUGGUUUCUCACAUUUUUAUUGUGGUAUCAGAAUAUGAAUUUUAAAAUUGGUGACGGUAAAGUAGAUUAGACUUGACUUUAAGAGACCAUGAUUUUGUAGGAACUGAAACGGUGUUGGUCUACUUAGAGAAACUGUAUUUAUGUUUUUAAUAAACACUAAUUUGGAA